GCAUGGCGUGGUGCCCCACCUUGGCUUCAGACUCCCGACCCUUUGUUUGAAUCCCAAGCCACUUGUGAGUAACUUUGAACAAGUAACUUCCUGCCCAAGUUUUCUCGUCUGUGCAGUGGGGAUUAAACUCCCGAAGCCGGUCUGAGGGCCAGACAUAGCCACAUACCAUCAACAACUGGUCAUGGUCUCUCCUGUGCCCACUGCAAAGCUCGGCACAGAAAACACCACCUGGCAGCUGAUCUCCUGGGCGUUGGGAUACGUGAGCUCUGAGUCCAGAUGCACCAGCUGCCUCUCCAUGGCAGCUCUGCCUUCCAGCAGACCCCGGGGUUCACCAGGGCUCUGACCCACCAAGUGGUGACGCUGUCGUGUGAGACCAAAACCUCCACCAGCCAAACGCGCAUCUUCUGGGUGCGACAGCCCCAGGCCCCCGGUGAGCACCGUCACUACGAGUUCCUGGCCUCCUGGCACCACCACAAAGGGACAACGCACGGAGAGGCGGUGGCGAAGGAGAAGCUGACCCUCUUCUCAGAUGCCACCCGGUUCUUCCUCAACCUCACAAGUGUGCAGCCUGCGGACAGUGGCUUCUACUUCUGCAUGACCGUCGGGGCCCCCGAGCUGACCUUUGGGAAGGGCACUCAGCUCAGUGUGGUUGAUGUUCUUCCCACCACUGCCCAGCCCACCAAGAAGUCCAUCCCCAAGAAAAGGCCCUGCCAGCUCCCCAAGCCGGUGGCCCGGAGAGGUCCGCCCUGUGGCCCUGUCACCCUCAGCCUGCUGGUGGCCGGCGUCCUGGUCCUGCUGCUGUCCCUGGCUGUGGCCAUCCGCCUGUACUGUCUGCGGAGGAGAGCCCGGCUUCGCUUCAUAAAACAGCUUUACAAGUAAGCAGACUGCACCCCGUUAGGAAGAGACCUCGGCCAGCAGCGCUCUGCUCACCGAGAAGGAAGAGCCUUUCCCCGGCAAGGCCGGCUCCGUGGCCUGCCUUUACCUGCGCGCACGCGGCCUGCGGUGGGGGUUGGAGAGGAGGCCCCAGGCCUCAACGCCCUCAGCGAGCACUCAGCAGUACCUCCACGGCUCCUCUCCUGCCUCCUGCCUCCCGCCUGGGCUUUGCUGGGGCCUGUAAGCCGCCAUUGCUGCCACUUGCUUGCCCUGACAAAGCAGGGAUGUUGGCUCCUGGGCUCGCGGAAUGGAGCUGGGAUGGCCUCCUGUGUGUUCCCAGGCCAAGGCCCAGGUCCUCACUGUCCUCACGUGGGAGGCCGGCUGUGACCGCGGUGCCCGGCAGCCGUGUUAAUCUCUGAGGUCUCCCCCGGGGCUGAGGAGGGAUUCACUUCUCCACGUCUCUCCUCCCGGGCUCCUUUAUUUCUUCUCUCACUCUCUGCCCUUCUUAUGAAAAUGUCUCCGUUAUAAAAAUAAAGUCCUGGGUUACAGA